AAUUGGAACAGUUGAACAAGAAUGUAUUUUAUAAGUUAAACCAAAACAGUGGCGAUUUUAAUGACAAACUAGUUGAAGUAAUGAUUCAACCUUUAAAUGAAUUAAAGAAGGACUAUACCUAUCAUUCCAGUUGUUCAAAUACGAUACAUUUAACUAUGCGCGAUUGGUCAAAAACCGAUGGUCAAUGAUGGGUCGUGGCCUAUCUCGUAAAGUAUACAGAAGAUAACACGUAUCUUCACUAUUGUCGUCGAAAGCAUCAUGAUGAAGUACAAAAUUGCGAUUUUUGCCAUUUCCUGCUUCAUGCUUUGCGGGGUUUCUGCUCAAUAUCAGAAUUGCACAGGAAGAGAGGACGGUAUCUAUAAGCAGUUGUCAUGUACACGGUAUGUCGAGUGUAUAGAUGAGGUAGAGACAAUCUCCAACUGCGCACAAGGCGAAGUCUUUGAUAUAAUAGACAGAAGAUGUGAACCAAGCAGAAAAGUGUCACCCCCUUGUGGUGAUAAGAUGAACUGUACCGGUUUGGCCAAUGACAGGUACCCCUACUACGACCGUAACUGCACUUGGUAUUACACAUGUAGGAACGAAAAAAUGAUUGGGAUUGCUCAAGAGUGCGUACCAGGUGCUGUUUUCGACUAUGACCGACAGGCUUGUACAUAUGCUAGCGAUGUCUGCCCGCCUUGUGGAACAGGGGACGGAUUUGUUGUGAACCCAUGUACAACAGACUCACCCCAAUAUAAGGUCAAGGCUAAAAUCGACAAAAUGACCCCCCAAAACGCCCUACCAUUUGGAAAAACGGAAAAUUAAAUUAAGAAGUAAAAUAUGUUACAAUGAUAAACAAUCUGGACAUAUCUGGUCUAUAGACAUAGUUGCAUAAAUAUGACAGAAGAAUAUAGUGUAUCUAUGUUUUAAACUAGAAAAUAC